AUGGAGCUCUACCCUAACCAUGAGCUAAUAUAUAGCUUUUGUAAGGGUAUAGAAAGGCUUUUCACCCGUGAGGAACCUUGGACAAUGGCAGCAGCUCACAACCUCCUAAACAGAAUCCAGGCAGCUAUCAUGCGGUGGGAACAAGCGGUCCUAGAGAACUGCCGACAGCAUCAAAAACUUAUCUUGGAGCAUAUUGAGGCAGACGGAGAUAUAAGUCUCGAGUGCGAUCCGAUCAUCCCGUAUGAGAUUUUCGAUGAUCCGGGACUACCCUGGAACUGGCCUGUUGGUGAUCUUGUUCAAGAAGCUUCUUGUAUAAACCAACGCCCCCCUCGUGCUUUUUCUUAUAUACUUUACAUCUGCAUUGACCGGUUCAAUGCCUCAAGUGGGUUUGAUACAUUAUUUGGGGAACACGCCUUUACUCUGACGAGAAUGGAAUUUUUCCAUUUUCUGACGGAAUUGCAGAUCUCUAUGUACGCAUGGAAGCACGCAACCGAGGAGCAGAACGACGAGUGGCAGAAAAGAAUUCUUACCAGGCUCAGCAAUGGCGAGGAGAUUGCUCAAUAUUCUGAUCCCGAACUCUUGGAUCCCGAUUUCAAUGACCCUUCCCUCCCUUGGAAUAACUUAAAUAGUCAUUCUAGUAUGGUCGACACGCCGCCUUUCCAAGAAGCCGAGGGACUUUCAGGCAAUUUAACCCUCACCACGCCAGAUUACGCGAGCGAAGUCACUGAAGGGCAUUUGAAUUCAGAGUUUGUGAGUCUUACGGGUGUGGAAAUCGGAAAUACGAACCUAGAUGAGACAGAGUUACAUACCCUGGCUAUGGCAAGAAUACUCCUAAGAGAGAGGAUUAACAAUUUGCUGGAUGCCCUCGGUGCUAUUGGAAUCCAGUUCCUUCCCAGGAAUCAACUGAGUUGA